GCGGACGCAACAUGACUUUUUCACGACAAAACAUUUAUUGUUAAAAUUUGGUGSAGUUUCAGGACUUGAUGACGGUCUAAUCAUGUACGUUGUAUUCCCAAUUGAGUGUCUCUCUAGUGCAAGUGGUCUGAUGGUUGGCACGCAGCGUGAAUGUGGAAAAAUUCUAUGUGUUAUAAAYGUARUCGCCCCUWCAUUGUCMGAGAAAAUAUCYAAAGAGAUAGGCGGUUCUGUUCUUGGGCAUUGGUAUGGCCACGAUUCUGCAUCAUUUACUAGAUUAGCACAAGAAUCUAAACCAAAGCUUGUUUUACAACGUCGUGGACGACAGAUCCCUGAGGUUUAUUCGGAAGAUGAUAACAUUGURUUAGUUCUGUWUAACCGYCAGAAGAUGUGUUCUUACUUCAGCACAACUCCUUUGAGUUUUAGAGCCGCUUCUUUAGAGCUUGAACUUAAUAAUAUACAAGGGAAAACAUUACCGUCUUUGCCGUUGCCGAGCUUCAAUGCAGARUCACAUACUGAAACUAUUUUAGACCAAAUUAAUAACACAAGCGAARUGGUGUCAAAGCUUGACGCUUUACUUCAUCCAAAGAGACACUCUUUAACUAUACGUCUUUUUGGCAUCUUUAAUUACAUUCUUAAAGUACCAAAUUUAAUGCUURGUGUCCUUGUUUGCAUUUCGAGCAUUUUGCUAUCUUUGUCAAAGCUUGGUGUUUUUCAGUGGAGAGUCUUCAGCUUCUUAGCAUCACUUCCGGUCUUCMUGUUGCAAUGCUCGCACAGAUUAUCACAACUCCAGUUUAUUAGUAAAAAUACAGAGUGCCAACUGCAGUCAUUAGAAAAUGCUGCAAAUGUAGAUCAUCAAAGACCAGUAGCCUCAAAKCCAUUUGAAGAACUGCACAAAAAGCAGAGAACGUUUAUCAUAAAGGGAAAUAUUCUUGCUACAGUUGUACUUGAUAUAUUCCUAGGAAUCACUAUAGUUCAUUUGAUAUCCUCUUCAACUUUAAUAGAAGAUAUCGUAGACAACUUGGUCCAGUAUACUGAUUAUGUUGCACAGCUACUGACACAGCUCAUCAAUUGGCUGAUGGGUGUCCCUGGUGGACUGAAACUUAACAAGACGUUGACUAAUUUUUUAGGCAAGUUUUUUCUCUAUCACAUAUAUCUAUGGCAGACGUAUCUACAGGUUAUUCAACCUUAUCUCCAACCAGUUUUGUGGAUGUGCAUAAUGUCAGGGUGUCUUGGGAUGACGUUUCUUAUCAGUAUGGCGUCUGAUGUGUUUUCUUUACUCACUCUUCACAUCUACUUCUUCUAUGUUUACGCAGCAAGGCUGUACAGCUUACAGAUUUAUGCUAUUUUGUCUUUAUCAAGAUUAUUUACAGGCAGAAAGUGGAGUGUACUAAGAAAUCGUGUUGACAGUCUUCCAUACGAUGUUGACCGCUUGUUUAUCGGUACACUACUGUUUACUAUUCUGCUGUUUCUUCUUCCAACAACAGCACUAUUUUAUGUUGUCUUCACAACUCUGCGACUGCUGGUUCUUGUUGCUAAGUUCCUUCUCUCAAGCUCAACUCAUCUUCUAAACAAAGUGCCUUUAUUUGGCCUGGUAUUGCUGAUAUUAAGGCCUUCUGUGUUACCAGGUGGACUGCAAGUCAAGAUUAUUGAUCCCUCUAAAAAGACCAAUAUGCCCUCAUCAAAUCCAUCCCCAUACCUCCCCCCAAAGGUUCAAGCAUUGUGCAUCAAAUUCUCCAAUAAACCAUUGUCAGUGAUGCAGCUUUUUGAUUGGUCAAUCAACACCAGUAUUGUAACAAGUGCUAAGCAAGAYACAUGGGGAACAUUUGUWAGGAAGYUGGUUCAUGGUCAUUUAGUAUAUCCAUGGAUUGAAAAUGACUAGGUUAACAUAUAUUAGAAGAAAGUAUAUUAGAAGAAAGUAACACAGGCAGCCCACCCAAGUUUUAAAUUAAAAUUAAUUUUAUAAUUAAUACAAAUGUCCAAGAUGGGACAACUUAAAGUAUUCUUAAGGCUGAUUUACACGGUACAAUUUGUCGCGCGCGACUUGUAGUAUACGA